UACGGUGUUGUUACAAAAUUAUGGAAGUUGCUGGUCAAAAGGAGACGAAAGACCAAGAUGCCAAAAUGUGUAGUUUAUGUGACGAUUAUGAUAUUACAACUAAUGCGGAUGGGUUUUGCGUAGAAUGUGAAGUAAACAUUUGCAAUUCAUGUUUUGUGAAACACAAAGGACGUAAAAUUAAUAGAAAUCAUUCCUUAGUAAGAGUCGAUGAUUCGAAUCCAGUAACGGUAAUGGUUGCUGAUACGUAUGAAACAUGCCAAGAGCACAAUGCAGAAUCUGUGAAAUUUAAUUGUCCAAAGCACGACCAAGUUGGCUGUGCAGAAUGCAUAAUUGAAUAUCACAAUGGAUGCAGGUUGGAACUCAUUCGUAACAAAGCUGCUACAUUUGUUAACAGUCAAGAAUAUAGAAAUUUUAGAAAUGAGAUGAAUGAAUGCAUGCACGAGGCUGAAGACAGUCUAUCAUUGAUAGACUGCAACCGAAAACAGCUUACCGAGUUCUAUGAGCAAUUUGUUCGUGACGUGGAGGCAUUCACAGAUCAUGUAAUUGAGCGUAUAAAUAAAAUGAAAAAGAAGGUUCUGAAUCAGGCGAAGGACAUUAUGUUGAAAGACAAGAGGAAAAUGGAAGAUUUACAGAAAGAUAUCGACGGCUUAAAAGCUGAAUUGGCACGCCAAAACAAUGUACUUGAGUCAAAAAUUGACACUCCAAAUAACCUCUUUGUAGCAGUCGUACUGAUAAAGCCAGAACUGAAAAAGACUCAGCAAAAUAUUAAAAGUUUAAGAAACAAAAACCAUGUGACUCAGUAUAAGUUCAUGCAAGACAAAAUUCUAGCUCAAUCAAUAACAGAAAGCAAGGUGAUUGGGAUGCUCAUUGAACAGCCGUUUGAACGGAGUGAACAGCAUCUACAUGAAUUUAAACAAGCUAAAUCAGCUGAUGAAGGGCAAGUUAAAGAUCUUUUACCUCAGCAAACACAAAGUGAAAGCAGAAACAAAGGGAUAGAGAAAGAAGCAGAGAUGUGUACAAGAAAAGAAAAGAUGAAAGUCAUAGCGCCCCGAAAUCUUCAGCCAUUACUUGACAGAAAACUGAUUUGCAAAAAUCUAAAAAUAGAUUGCGAAUGUCUCAGUUAUGCGGCAUACAAAAGUACUGAUGUUGGAUUGUAUGUGUUCAAGGAGAAUGUGCGUGCAAGAGCAUCCUUUGAAAUUGAGAUAUUAAGCUUGGGUAAAAGCGGGUCUUUAGCUAUUGGCGUUGUGCCAGAUGACUAUCCUGACAAUCUUCUACCGGGCGUAGGCCAAAAUUCCUGGGGAUACCACUCAGACGGCAAGAUGUUUGACAAAUGUGGAGAUGCAUGGAAAGUCGGUGAUCGAAUUAAAGUUUAUAUGCAAGUAUUAAGUAUUUUUGGCGUUUGUUUGUAAUGAUUUGAUUUAUAAAGAUUUAUACAAAAGAUUCAUUUUGUAAUAUUUUACAUAAAAACAGUUACGUCAAACGUUUAAAG